AUGUCCUCCCCCACACCCCCCGAGGUCGCCCCCUCCCGCCACGGCCGUAACCUGUCCACCGCCUCCGCCGCCUCCAUCACCUCUUUUGUCACCCCCAAAUCCGAGGCCGCUCAGCGUAUGAGCAAGACUUCGACCAUCCAGAGCACGUCUAUCAACCCCAAGAGCUACCUCGAGAGUGUGCUAGACCAUUCCCAGCUCGCCAUGGCGGGCGUCGUGUCGUCCCUGAUGCUGUGCGGUAUCAUGUACUCUCUCCUCUUUGACACAUCCCUUAACACCUCCGAAAUACACCACACCCACCUCCCCCUCCGCGCUGCCUACUUUGCGCGCAAAUCCAACAUCUUCAACGUCCUCUUUGUCAAACGUUCAUGGGCUUGGACAUCUGGCGUCUACCUCUUGCACCUCUUCAGCUCUCCCCGCCUCUUCUCCCCCGAAUCUCCUGGGGGUAGCUGGCCAAGACGCCUCGGGGCCUGGGUGAUCGCAACCUCCUUUUGGGCUGUAUUCGCCAAGUGGUUCUUUGGCGCCGGUUUGGGUCAUCGCAUCAUAGCCCUUACCGGAGGCAACUGUGCCCUCCCAAUCCCCGACGGGAUCUCCCCCGAACUCGCCCGUACCACCUUCAGCAAACUAUUCACUUCGGGCCUCACCCCCGCCGGAUCUGAACGUUUAUACCUCCAAGUCCCUUCCGAGUACUGCCACGGCAAACCCAUCACCUCUUCCCACUUGCCAGAGCUUUUCGGCCGCCUGUACCAAACCAGUAACCGCUUCGCAGACGCCCCGGGGAAUAUUUUGGGCGAAGCGAGCAACAAGCACGAAAGCCUUGUACCGCUGUCACGUCCGAGAUGGCAUCUCGGCUUCGACAUUUCCGGCCACUCUUUUCUGUUGACACUCUGCAUCAUGCUCCUUGCGCGCGAACUCGUGCCCGUCUGGCGCUCAUGGUCCUCCAACUCCAAACGCUCUUCUUCCUCCAGCUCCAACCCAGGCGCCCUGGGUGUGUAUCACGGGAUUGUCGGGCUUUUGGGUACUGCCCUGGUGGGCAUUUGGAUGUGGAUGAUCUUGAUGACUGCUGUCUACUUUCACAACCCCCCAGAGAAACUCGUCGGGCUCUGCGUUGGUCUGCUAGCUUCUGGCAUCAUCAACAUCCUCCUCCCCCCUUCCCCUCCCCCAUCCCCAUUCAACCCUCACACAACACCCACCAAACCCCUCCCUCUGCACUUUAACGUCCUCCGCCCUACUCCUUCCAGAUCUUCUUUCAAUUCCCUUUCUCUUUCGAGGUCCAACUCUUCCAAAUCAGCCACCCUCUCUAGAUCCAACUCGCAGUCCCAGCCAGGGUCUUUGCCGGAUCUGUCGGAGAAGGGACAAGUAGACUUGGCGGGGCUGGACGAAAAAGAUUUCGUGCCCAAGGGGUACAACGAGAACUCUGCGAGACGGGGGAGCGUGGUGGAUGGGGGUAUUAUAUAUGAGAUGGGGGAUGAUAGUUUUGAAGAGGAUGAGCCGAAAGGGAGGGGAUCGCCUGUGGGGAGUAGGAAGGGUCAAUGA